AAAACAAAGCUCAUGCUGAUGAAAUUUUACACAAAACCCUUAAUCGAAUAAUCCCAAAAAACCGUACCCAACAAAAUUAACCCAAAAAUUAACAUCAAGCAGUUACCUUUUAUGCCUCCAAGCUGGAAACAAACGAAAAUUGAGACCUGUCUAUGCCGAUCAACAACCUCCCUCACUAUCAAUCUAAGCGAGACGAAGAACCACAGCAGAGACCAAGAUCGAACUCUCUCUCUCUCUCUCUCUCUCACUCUCUCUCCCCUGGCAUAUUCCUCACCCCAAACUACCAAGCACCACUCACCCGCUAAAGCAGAGCCCAAGGCCUCUCUUUCUUCCAUCUUCUUCACUUCAAGAAAAGCCUCCUCCUUUGCUUAUGGAAUCGCCUUUGCUCUCAUUGCCUUCACUUCCUUCUGGGUUUUCAACCCAUCUGGCUACUCUUUCCCUUUUAGCUUCAACACCAUCUUCUACUCUUCUCCUUCCAACUCUUCUCAGGAAGUUACUAAAACCCCAAAGAUUGAAUCUUUACCACAUUUGGGCAGCAAUGGAAGUUUGAACAGUGAAAUGGGUGCUUCUCAGUUUUCCGGGAAGAUGGGAGAUCAGAGCAGAACUCAAAUGGGUACCGAUCAAUCUUCAAAACCCAUGAUUUCUUUUCCCCAAGAACCCAAUCAGACCAGAAAUGAGUCUUCUUUUUCUGAAGGUUCUAGUGGGGAAAAUGGUUUGCCAAGCUAUGUGGCAUUGAAGUCCAUAAGCAAUGAGGGGUUGUCUGGGUUUGAGUUGAUUAAUGGUUGUGAUUUGUUUGAUGGAAGAUGGGUGAGAGAUGAUUCAUACCCACUUUAUGCUGCUGGGUCUUGUCCUUACAUUGAUGAAUCUUUCAAUUGUUUUCUCAAUAGUAGCCCUGAUAAUGGUUAUGAAAAAGUAAGAUGGCAACCCAAAAACUGCAAUCUCCCAAGGAUGAAUGGAAGGAACAUGUUGGAAUUAUUGAGAGGAAAGCGUCUAGUUUUUGUUGGUGAUUCUCUCAACACGAAUAUGUGGGAGUCUUUGGUUUGUCUUCUUAGGAAUUCAGUGGAUGAUAAGAGCAGAGUUUUUGAAGCUUCUGGCAGGAGCGAAUUUCAUACAGAGGGCGCCUACUUUUUUGUAUUCAAGGAUUACAAUUGUUCAGUGGAGUUUGUUCAAUCACCAUUUCUAGUUCAAGAAUCGGAGGUGCUAACCACAAAUGGGUCAAAGAAGGAAACACUGCGCCUGGAUAUGAUUCAGAGAUCCUUGGAUAAGUACAAAAGUGCAGAUGUUCUCGUCUUCAACACAGGUCACUGGUGGACUCAUGAGAAAACUUCCAGAGGGCAGGGUUACUAUCAAGAGGGUGACUAUAUCUAUAGUCAAUUGAAUGUCAAAGAGGCGUAUGGAAAAGCUAUAACAACAUGGGCCAGAUGGCUGGAUGCUAAUAUAAAUCCUGAAAAAACUGUUGUUUUCUUCCGGGGCUAUUCGCCCAAUCACCUUAGUGGUGGAAGAUGGAAUACUGGAGGUCAAUGUCAUGGUCGGACAGAGCCAAUUCAAUAUGAGGCAUACAAAGGAAAAUAUCCUGCAAAGAUGAGAAUACUGGACUCAGUAAUCAGGGAAAUGAAGAUUCCAAUCUUUUAUCUGAAUGUUACAAAAAUGACUGAUUUUCGGAGGGAUGCUCACCCAUCCAUUUACAGAAAGCAGAAUUUGACAGAGGAGGAGAGACAGUUGUCUUUGAGAUCCCAGGAUUGCAGUCAUUGGUGCCUUCCUGGUGUUCCUGAUACAUGGAACGAGCUUCUAUAUGCUCAUCUCCUUACAUAUACCCAGCAGCAGAGGAGACCAUAGGUAAAAGCUAAUCAUCUCCUUACAUUGAUAAUGUUCCAAAAUUGUCUACAGUAUUCUUUUGUUGUAGUACUGGUCAUCACUCAUUACACUACACAAGAUGAAAUCCAGCAAGGACUUUCUCCAUUAGGUUGUAAUCUGGUAAAGGUUGAUGUGAAGUAGGAGGUAGGCUGGGAUUAUUUUCCUUUGGUUACCAGUGAAAGUCACACUGAUAAUAUUACACUGUAACGAUCACUUGAAGGACUAGUCUCUUUUUACUAUAAGCCAAUAUUUUUUGCUCUGUUUUAUUCAUGGUUUUUUUUUUUUCAAAAAAAAAAACUCUAGGCUUGAUCAUCACCACAUCGCUCAUAGAGCUCAAAUAGCUAGUUUCACAACUUUUUGUUGAUGCAGCUAUUAAAGUAGGAGAUGAUCAGGAAUGAAUCUCCAUUACCCCUAAUUUCAAAUGGUUUUCGAUGCCCAGUUCGUGGUUUGCUUACCCUUACCCUUUGUGAAGCAUACCAAGACUGUUGGAAAAUUACUUGCUAUUGAUGGAUUUUUCAUUUUUUUUUUAUUACUUUGUUUGAAAUAGAAGUUGAUUUUAUUAGAUUAGCUAAAAACAGCAGUCUACAAACACUUAAGAUAGACAAAUUGGCGGGGAAACAAUUAACUUUCUACCCAAGCACGGGAACUCAUUAUAAGCAAAUGACGCUGACACAAUUGCAAGCGAGCAAGAAUAAUCUCGCAUCUUAAAGAAAAAUGAAUCAUCUAAACAAGUUUUAUACUAGUAGUCUAAUAUCAUAAAUAAAACCUUUAACUAAGAGCAAUGAUUCACUGUGCUAAGAUGUGGGAUUUGUUCAUUAGCUACACCAACUAUAGGACCUGUUUAAUAAUAUAGGAUAUUGAUAUAAUGUUACUUCUAACCAGGAGUGUUUUUCGAUUUUUGGUUCGUAUUUUGGUUUUGAUGAAAAAUUUUGAUACUCUUGAUUUAUGAAGAUUUUGUAAGAAAUUUUAAGUAAAGAUUGAAAUAGCAAUAAAUAUAUUUUGACAAAUAUUAUUAUAAAAACAAAAACUAACUUUGCAUAUCACUAAAAUAUUAUAAGGUU